AAUCAACUCCAGUUGAGAAACACUGGGUAUUGGGAACUGAUAGUAAAUCGUAAGUCAAUUAGUUAUUUGGCGGUGUUAUAUUUCGUUUAUUUUCUUUUGUAAAAAUGGCUCUUUCUUGUUCAAUUUCCAAUGAAGUGCCAGAACAUCCCGUAAUUUCUCCAGUGUCGGGAAAUAUUUUUGAAAAAAGACUUAUUGAAAAAUAUGUAACAGAAAAUGGAGUGGAUCCAAUUAAUGGAAAAGAGUUGACUAUUGAACAACUCAUUGAAGUCAAAGCAUCGCCAAUUGUAAAACCAAAACCACCUAGUGCCACGUCGAUUCCAGCGAUUCUUAAAAUAUUACAAGACGAAUGGGAUGCAGUGAUGCUUAAUUCAUUUACACUGCGCGGACAAUUACAAACAGCAAGACAGGAGCUGUCUCACGCACUUUAUCAGCAUGACGCGGCCUGUCGUGUGAUAUCGCGGUUAACUAAAGAAGUUACAGCAGCACGUGAGGCUUUGGCGUCAUUGAAACCACCAAGUGGUAUCACACAAGCAACAGCUAUUCCACAACCAGCGAUCGCUGUCGAGGCUGGAGGUACAGCAGCCCAACCUGUUGAGCAAGCGGGAAUAACUGAAGACAUCAUCCACAUACUCCAAGAGAAAGCGACAGUCUUGACGCAAGAACGUAAACGACGAGGACGAUCCAUUCCCGAAGACUUGUUGCCCGCUGAGAGGAUCCGUGAGUUCCAAACGAUAGCAUCACAUCCCAGUCUUCACUCGGCCAGUGUUCCUGGUAUCUUGGCUCUCGAUAUUCAUGCCGCUGACACCAGUAAGAUUUUAACUGGCGGUGCUGACAAAAACGCGACAGUAUUUAACAAAGACACUGAACAAGUGGUGGCUAUUUUGAAAGGACACACUAAGAAAGUUACCAAGGUCGUUUAUCAUCCUGAGGAAGAUGUCGUGAUGACAGCAUCCCCUGAUACGACAAUACGCAUAUGGAACGUCGGUACAAGUCAAACUACUCUGCUACUUCGCGCCCACGAUGCUCCAGUUACCGGCUUGUCGUUGCAUCCUACUGGUGAUUAUUUACUCAGUUCAUCUUUGGAUAACAAUUGGGCCUUCUCUGAUAUUCGUACCGGUAGAUUAUUGACAAAGGUUUCCAGUCCAGAAGCUUUAACAGCAGCACAAUUUCAUCCUGAUGGUUUGAUUUUUGGUACCGGAACAGCUGAUUCUCAAAUUAAAAUUUGGGAUCUCAAAGAACAAUCAAACGUUGCUAAUUUCCCUGGACACGUUGGACAGAUCACGGCAAUAAGUUUCUCUGAAAAUGGUUACUAUCUCGCAACAUCAGCUGAAGAUUCAUGUGUCAAGCUCUGGGAUUUGAGAAAACUUAAGAAUUUUAAAACAUUGCAACUGGAUGACUCGUAUGAUGUCAAAGACCUAGCUUUCGAUAAAACCGGAACUUACUUGGCGGUCUCUGGUACCGAUGUCAGAGUGUAUCUAUGCAAGCAGUGGCAAGAAUUAAAGGUAUUCAAUGAUCAUACAGCAGCGGCAACGGGUGUCAGGUUCGGUAAAAACGCCCAGUACAUGGCAUCAACGAGUAUGGACAGGACAUUAAAACUCUACGGGUUAUCUUAAAAAUAAAAACAAAAUAUAAUUUAUGUAUAUGAAAUUAUAAAUUAAUUUUUAAUAUUAUUUGUUAAUUAAGAAAUUGAUUGUGUGGACUUUAGAUAAUAAAUACUUUUCUUAUUAUCUUAUACAUAAA